AUGUCUAUUGAUCCAGAAACUCGUAGAAAAUUAUUAAAUUUACAAAAAACCGGUGAAAACAAAAAAUGUUUUGAUUGUUCAGCACCAAAUCCUCAAUGGGCUUCACCUAAAUUUGGGAUUUUCAUUUGUUUAGAAUGUGCUGGAGUACAUAGAGGUUUAGGAGUUCAUAUUUCAUUUGUUAGAUCAAUUACAAUGGAUCAAUUUAAACCAGAAGAAACUCUUAGAAUGGAAAUUGGUGGGAAUGCAAGAUUGAAAAAAUAUUUUAAUGAUAAUGGUGUGGGAUUAACUUUAUCACCAAAACAAAAAUAUGAUAAUUAUGUCGCUGAAGAUUAUAAAGAAAUGUUGACAUGUGAAGUUGAAGGUAAAGAAUUUGUUGCCAAAGAUCAUAGUGGUGAAAAAUUACCUGAUAUUAAUUCAGAUACCAAUACCAAUACUAGUACUAGUACUACCAAUACACCAGGAAUAUCUAGAGGACGUCCUGGUCCUUUAACCAAUGAACAAAAACAGAAAAAUGAAGCUUAUUUUGCUGAUUUGGGUGCUAAAAAUGAUCAAAGACCAGAUCAUUUACCACCAUCACAAGGUGGGAAAUAUGGUGGAUUUGGUAAUACUCCAACACCAACUACUACAACUAAUAAUAAUAAUAAUAAUACUAAUAAUACUAGUUCUUUAUCAUCUUUCACUCUUGAUAAUUUUCAAAAUGAUCCUCUUGGUACAUUUACUAAAGGAUGGGGGUUAUUUUCAUCAUCAGUAGUUAAAUCAGUACAAGAAGUUAAUAAUUCAGUUAUAAAACCAAGUAUAGAUCAAAUUCAAAGUAGUGAAAUUACUGGUCAAGCUAAAACUGCUAUGGCUCAAUUUGGUCAAAAAAUGCAAGAAACUGGGAAAUAUGGUCAAGAAACUUUCCAAACUUUUACUAAAGAUAUAAAUGAAAAUGGUUUAAAUAAAACUUUAGAUAAUACAUUUGGAGGAUUUUUCGGUCAUAAAAAUAAUCAAGAUAAAGAAUUUCCUCAAGCCUUUGGAUUUAAAAAACCUGAUAAUGGUAUUAAAUAUGAAAGUUUAUCUGGUGGAUCAAAGAAAAAUGAUGAAGAUGAUAAAUGGGAUGAUUUUUAA